UAGUUGAGGCCUUGGCUGAGAAGUAUCCGUGCCUCAAAGAACCAGGCUCAUUCAAUGGCAUGUAUGGAUGGCAACAAAGAAUCAAGUAUAAAAUGGGCAAUUACCGGGCAAAAGUAAGAGGGCUCCAAAUUACCUGUCCAGAGCUAGAGGUGAACUCAAGAAAGAUGACUUCCCGUACCAAAGGCCUCAAAAGACCAAAAAAGGCUGAAGUAAAUUAUUUGCCGCCAUUGCCACUUGGAGAAACAAAAGAAACAAUGGAAGAAGAGAGGGUGGUUCUACUCACAGAGGUGAAAAAGGCCAACAACGACAAGAUUAUCAGUGAGAAAAUGGAGAAGACUUUCCCAUAUCGACGGUUGGAGGUUGUCAACCAGAUGCCUGCUGUCCCAGAUGUCAUGGAGAGAUGGCCUGCCCUCUUCUAUGACUCUCAGGUGAAGGAGGAGUUCAAGAGGAUCACAGCUAUCCGCCUGGACCAAACCUUUUUGACGAAGAUGGAUUGCUACACUCCAAAACUCCUGACCAUUUUCAAGACCAAGGGUGGGGCUGUAGGCGCAAAAAUGAAAAGCGUGUUGGAGUUGCUCAGUCAGCGACAGAUCGAUAGCCAUGAUGCGGUCAUCCGUUGUCUGAUCCAUUUCCUGGGAGAAUCGACAGAGGAGCUCAUUAAAGACUACCAGGAUGUUUCCAAGGAUGUCAUCGAACAAGAUAUCAAAGACAGCGUGAUCAAGAUCCUUGUGCUGGGCAGUGCUGCAGAGGGUGCCCCCCCAACUGAUGUCGUCAUUGUGAUUGAUGAUUUUGUGUUGGAAAAAUAA